AUCUCACUGUGUUUGAAGGAAUUUAUUUGACAGUCAGGGCAUCAGUCAGAGUCCAGCCUACAAUCAGCCAGCUCAGACCUAGAUCAGCUCUUCAACUCCCCUCUGCCACUGAGAGCACCGUGGCACUAACCCGCAGCGAGCUUGUUGACCGAAGCCAACCCUGAGGCCCCUGCACAAAGACUGCACUGCUCCUGCCCCCACUAGCAGCGACACAGAGAUGGGGUUUGCCUUUAAGAUCCUGCUCCUGUUGGUGGCGGUGACCCUGGAGGGGGGCGACUGCGGCAUCUUUGUGAAGACCAUCCGCCAGCGGCGGGCGCUGCUGCCCAAUGCCACGUCUGGCCGCCCGACCACCUUCAACCACGUUUACAACAUCAGGCUGCCUUACUGCAAGAACUGUUCAGCCAACAUCGCCAAACCCCUGGCCCGCAUCUUCGAGGCUCAGGACGAGGCCAGGGACGACCAGAGGUUUGAGCACACCAUCGACCCCACCAACCAGGUGGUCUUCACCCACAGGAUCAACAUCCCCCCGCAGGUUUGCGGCUGCGAUGAGAUCCAGGCUCUGUUGAACCGCCUGCAGGCUCUUGAGAAGCAGAUCGCCACACUCGAGCAGCAGUGCUCCAGCAGUAAAUGUUGUGGAAUGGAGCGUGCGCUGGACUGUGGGGCUCACGGGACGUUCAGCCCCUCCAGCUGCAGCUGCGUUUGUGACCAGGGCUGGACUGGGCCGACUUGUGCCAAGGUCAACUGCCCCGUCAGCUGCCACCCUCCGCAGGGAGACUGUGUGGACGGCCAGUGCGUUUGUCGCCAGGGCUUCACGGGCAAAGACUGCAGCAAGGAGCUCUGCCCCGGCGACUGUAAUGACCAGGGACGCUGUAUUGAUGAUGAGUGCGUCUGUUUCCCGGGGUACACGGGUUAUGGCUGUACCGAACAGAGCUGCCCUGGUAACUGCAGCGGGCAUGGCCGCUGUGUUGGUGGCAGCUGUGACUGCAACAAGGGCUACUCUGGCUUUGACUGCGGUCUUGAAGAUUGUCCGAGAGACUGCAGCGGGCACGGGCGCUGCGUCAGUGGGAAGUGCGUCUGUCGCACAGGCUUCUCAGGGCAGGACUGCAGCCUUCAGGCCUGUCCCAGUAACUGUCACCACCGAGGGAGCUGUGUCAAUGGGAAGUGCGUCUGCAGGAAAGGCUUCGCUGGGCCCGCCUGUGGGGACCAGAUCUGUCCCGAGAACUGUAGCAAGCGAGGGCGAUGUGUCAACGGGAAAUGUGUCUGUAAUACAGGCUAUUCGGGACCUGCCUGUGGAGUCCAGACUUGUCCCGAAAACUGUAACAAGCGAGGGCGAUGUGUCAACGGGAAAUGUGUCUGUAAUACAGGCUAUUCGGGGCCUGCCUGUGGGGACCAGACCUGCCCUGAGGACUGUAACAAGCGAGGGCGAUGUGUCAGUGGGAAGUGUGUCUGUAAUACAGGCUAUUCAGGGCCCGCCUGUGGGGACCAGACCUGUCCCGAGAACUGUAACAAGCGAGGGCGAUGUGUCAGUGGGAAGUGUGUCUGUAAUACAGGCUAUUCGGGGCCCGCCUGUGGGGACCAGACCUGCCCUGAGAACUGUAACAAGCGAGGGCGAUGUGUCAGUGGGAAGUGUGUCUGUAAUACAGGCUAUUCGGGGCCCGCCUGUGGGGACCAGACCUGUCCCGAGAACUGUAACAAGCGAGGGCGAUGUGUCAGUGGGAAGUGUGUCUGUAAUACAGGCUAUUCGGGGCCCGCCUGUGGGGACCAGACCUGCCCUGAGAACUGUAACAAGCGAGGGCGAUGUGUCAGUGGGAAGUGUGUCUGUAAUACAGGCUAUUCGGGGCCCACCUGUGGAGUCCAGACCUGCCCUGAGGACUGUAACAAGCGAGGGCGAUGUGUCAGUGGGAAGUGUGUCUGUAAUACAGGCUAUUCGGGGCCCGCCUGUGGGGACCAGACCUGCCCUGAGGACUGUAGCAAGCGAGGGCGAUGUGUCAGUGGGAAGUGUGUCUGUAAUACAGGCUAUUCGGGGCCUGCCUGUGGGGACCAGACCUGCCCUGAGGACUGUAACAAGCGAGGGCGAUGUGUCAGUGGGAAGUGUGUCUGUAAUACAGGCUAUUCGGGGCCCGCCUGUGGGGACCAGACCUGCCCUGAGAACUGUAACAAGCGAGGGCGAUGUGUCAGUGGGAAGUGUGUCUGUAAUACAGGCUAUUCGGGACCUGCCUGUGGGGACCAGACCUGUUUGAACAACUGUAGCAGCCAAGGACGCUGUGUUGAUGGGACAUGCGCCUGCAAGGAUGGUUUCACAGGAGACGAUUGCUCAAUCAAAAUCCCAGCUGCACUUCGGCUUCAUGUGAAGAAAGUUCUGGAGAACAAGGUGAUCGUGGGCUGGGAUCUGCCAAAGGUUCCAGUUGAUGCCUGGGAGAUUACCUUCCGCGCCUUGAAGGAGGAUGAUGGCCAGCUGACCAAUCUCGUGGCUGGCUCCAAGAGCACCUUCCAGCAGACAGGCCUGGCUUCAGGGCAGGAGUACGAGGUGACACUGCGGGCCAAGAAGAACAAGAAACUGGGGCCGUCUGUCUCAAGGACCCUGACUACAUUGAUCGAUGGGCCCCAGAAUCUCCACGUGGUUUCAACGACAAACUCCACCAUCGAGCUGGGCUGGAAAAAGCCACUGGCCUCCAUUGAUCGAUACCGCCUGAACUACCUAUCAGCGACAGGCAAGCGCAGUCAGGUGGUGGUACCAGCCAGUAACAGCAGUGUUGUUCUGACCGGGCUCGAGGCUGGCGUUGAACACACCAUCUCCCUGGUCGGGGAGAGAGGCCAACACCAGAGCAAGGCCGCUGCCACCAAAGGAACUACUGUGAUCGACAGUCCCAGGAGCCUGCGUGUUGUCACAGUGACAGACUCCAGCAUCAGGCUGCAGUGGGAGAAGUCUGUCGCUCGUGUUGGCCAUUACCACAUUGUAUACACCUCCAAGACGGGGAAGCGGGGAGAGCUGAGGGUGCCUGGGAAGAACAACACAGCUACCUUGGUACAGUUGGAGGAUGGCACCAAGUAUGCCAUCUCUUUGGUGGGUGAGCAGGGGACAAUGAAGAGCAAGCCAGUGAUCAUCAUGGCGACCACUGAAGGUGGCACCCAGGGCAAACUGGCUGGAGGGUACUUAUUGCCUACAGCAGCUGCCAGUGAGAACCAGCUUAUCCAGGACAUCUCCAGGACCAUCUCCAAGAAGAUCACGGCUAGUGAGCUGUCAGCUGCCGAUGUGCACCCGAUGAUGCGGUCUGUCAUUCGGCGCUACCCAGCCUUUGUCAAAAGUGCCAUAGUCUCUGCGAAGGUGCUCCUCAGCAUGCCACCUGCCAAAGUCCGAGUCAGCUUAGGGAAGGGACAGAAAGCUGAGGGGCCCAAAAUCCAACAAGCUUCCUCUGGGGAAGGACCAGGAAGACGCAGAAGUCCUGGGAUAGAGAUACCUGGCUCCCCUGCAGUUUCGCAGACAACAAAGCUUAGGAAAGGAACUGCAGUCUCUCCCAGUCCCCAGCAAAUCCACAAAGGAGUCGGGAUAUCUGAGCCAAACAAGCAGGAGAUUCCUGGAGGGAAGGAGAAAGCAAAAAUCAAAGGCUCACCCCAAUUAACUUCUAAACUCUAUCCAUCUCCUCUGGUGAGUGCCAGGGGUACCUCAGUUUCUACCAACUCAGCCCCAGGCUCCAAGGAACCCCGACAAACCCCAGCACCGCACGGCACCCCCAGCCACGCUGACCUGUCCUGGGACACUACAGAAGGCUUGUUCAGUAUGUCGCUUCUGAAAAACAGAGAUCCCUCCGCAAACACUGUCCAGUCUGAGAGCCUCCAGGGUGGUGACCAAUGGGUGGCCAACAUCGCAGGUCCGACUAUUGGAAAAACCCAUGAAGUCUCUCAUCAUGGAACAUCUGGGAAUAAUCCUUCCCAACCCAUUCACAUUCCACAAACUGCAGAGCAAGUAGCUCGUUUUCGCAACGUGACGGUUAGGGACGUUACUGCCAAGGCCUUCCGCCUGUCUUGGAAGGUUCCAGAAGGGGCCUUCGACUCUUUUGUAAUCCAAUACAGGGCGGUGACAGGCUCCCCACGCUGGGAGGAGCGGAAGGUGCAAGGGCGAUACCGCUCAGUGGUCAUCAAGGGCCUGGAAGAUGGUACUGACUACAUGGUCAGGCUGUACGGAGUCCGGGAGGGACAGCGCACUGGGCCGACCAGCCUCACAGUGAGCACAGAGGCAGUAAAACUGGGCAAUGUGUCCAGCUCUAACAUCACGGCUAACUCCCUCCAACUCUCCUGGACCGUGGACAGGGACCGCUUUGAUUCCUUUUUAAUCCAGUACAGAGUCCAGGGAUCUGAGGAGACCCAGAACAUCACAGUCACGAGCGGACAACGAUCCCACCUCAUCAUAGGCCUCAAGCCUACUACCAGAUACACCAUCUAUCUCUACGGGAUUUCUGAUGGCGUAAGGACAGAGCCAUUAUCCACUACUGUGACCACCACAGCAGAGGUGCAGCCACAGCGAGGUGAAGUGAGGGACGUCACGGUAUCAAACAUCACGGCCCAAUCCUUCCAGCUCUCAUGGGUUACUGAGGGAGAAUAUGAAUCCUUCUUCAUUGAGUACAGAGCCGGGGAGGAACGCAAAGUGCACAAGUUCACGGUUCCUGGUGACCAUCGAUCGACGGUCAUCGCAGGCCUCAGGCCUACCACCAAGUACACCCUCCACCUCUCCGCGGUUUCGGCUGGUCAGCGCACUUCUCCGCUCACCGUGACCGCCACCACCACAGCCUCUGGGAAAAAGCCGAGUGACAAGAUGAAACCAGGUCAGUUAACGGCUGUGAAUGUCACAUCGGACUCCGUGCAGCUGUCCUGGCCUCCUCAGAAAGGUGUUGACUUUUAUAUCCUCCAGUACAGAGUCCGGUCUUCUGCAGCGGUACAAAACGUCACGCUAACUGGUGGCUAUCGUUCCUUCAUCAUCACAGGCCUCACUCCUGCCACUAAAUACCUCUUCUCCCUGUAUAGUGUCUCCAGAGGCCAGCACAAAAAGCCGCUGCUCCUUUCAUUAACCACAAAAGCUUCUCCAGGGAUGGACAGACCCAAACCGCAGAAAGAGAUUAAACUGGGCGCUCUGUCGGUUUCUGAAGUCACGGCCAACUCUGCUGUGUUCUCCUGGACUGCGAAGGAGGGAUUUGAUGCCUUUCUAAUACAGUACAGAGUGCACAGCUCCGGGGCUGUGAGGAACUUCACCGUCACCGGUGGCAACCGCUCAGCAGCUAUCACAGGCCUGAGGCCUAGCACCAAGUACACUCUCCAUGUCCAUGGGGUUUCCAAUGGAAAACAUACAAAGCCACUGAGCAGAGUUAUUACCACAAAAGCUUCCAAAGAUAAAGAGGCUGUAAAACUGGGCAAUGUGUCCAGCUCUAACAUCACGGCUAACUCCCUCCGACUCUCCUGGACCGUGGACAGGGACCGCUUUGACUCCUUUUUAAUCCAGUACAGAGUCCAGGGAUCUGAGGAGACCCAGAACAUCACAGUCACGGGUGGACAACGAUCCCACCUCAUCGUAGGCCUCAAGCCUACUACCAGAUACACCAUCUAUCUCUACGGGAUUUCUGAUGGCAUAAGGACAGAGCCAUUAUCCACUACUGUGACCACCACAGAGGGAGAAACUACAUCACCAGUUCAACUGGGCAACGUGUCCAGCUCUAACAUCACGGCUAACUCCCUCCGACUCUCCUGGACCGUGGACAGGGACCACUUUGACUCCUUUUUAAUCCAGUACAGAGUCCGGGGCUCUGAGGAGACCCAGAACAUCACAGUCACAGGCGGACAACGAUCCCACCUCAUUGUAGGCCUCAAGCCUACUACCAGAUACACCAUCUAUCUCUACGGGGUCUUCAAUGGCAAACGCAGCAAACCCUUGACUGCUGCUGUGACCACCACAGCCUCCACAGAUAAAGAGGGUCAGAGAGCGGUCACGGACCGGGGCAAUGUCUCAGUGUCUAAGGUCACUGCGGACUCCCUCAAACUCUCCUGGGAAAUGGAGAAAUCCUACGAUUCCAUCCUCAUCGAGUACCGCCCGGAGGGGUCGGAAGAUGACAGCGAGCUCCCGGUGACCGGUGACCAUCGAUCAGCUGUCAUCACAGGCCUGACGCCUAGUACCACCUACAGGCUGUAUGUGUACGGUCUGUCUGGUGACCAACGCAGCAGACCACUGACCACCUCGGCCAAGACUGCAGCCUCUGCAGUUAAAGACACAGUGAAGCCACAUAAACUUGGCGAACUUUCUGUCUCUCACAUCACGAAUCAGUCCUUCAGACUCUCCUGGACGGCGAGCAAAGGCUUUGAUUCCUUUCUGAUCCAGUACAGCACUGCAGAGCCCCAGGGAGUGUACAACCUAACCGUGACUGGGGACCAAAGGUCAGCCUUCAUCAAAGGCCUGAGGCCUACCACCAUCUACACUGUCCGACUGUAUGGGGUCGCUAAGGGCCAGCGCACAAAGACACUGACCAGUCAAGCGACCACCGCAGCUCUGACAGACAAGGCCCUGGUCAAACCUGUUAAACUGGGCCCUCUUUCCGUUUCCACCGUGACAGCUGACUCGGUGCGGGUCUCCUGGACGACAGAGUUGGCCUUUGGUUCCUUCCUGAUUGAGUACAGAGUCGUGGGAUCCCAGAGCGUGCAGAAUGUGACGGUGAUGGCCCAUCGCCGCUCCUACCUCCUCACAGGCCUGAGGCCUAGCACCAAAUACACCGUCACGGUCUAUGGGAUUUCCAGAGGCCAGCGCACAGCACUGUCAACAUCUGUCAUAACCACAAGAGCCUUCACAGAUAAAGAGGGUCAGAGAGCGGUCACGGACCUGAGCAAUGUCUCAGUGUCUAAGGUCACAGCCGACUCCCUCAAACUCUCCUGGGAAAUGGAGAAAUCCUACGAUUCCUUCCUCAUCGAGUACCGCCCGGAGGGUUCGGAGGAUGUGAGCGAGCUCCCGGUGACCGGUGACCAUCGAUCGGCUGUCAUCACAGAUCUGAGGCCUAGUACCACCUACAGGCUGUAUGUGUACGGUCUGUCUGGUGACCAACGCAGCAGACCACUGACCACCUGGGCCAAGACUGCAGCUCUGACGGACAAGGCCCUGGUCAAACCUGUUAAACUGGGCACUCUUUCCGUUUCCACGGUGACAGCUGACUCGGUGCGGGUCUCCUGGACGACAGAGUUGGCCUUUGGUUCCUUCCUGAUUGAGUACAGAGUCGUGGGAUCCCAGAGCGUGCAGAAUGUGACGGUGAUGACCCAUCGCCGCUCCUACCUCCUCACAGGCCUGAGGCCUAGCACCAAAUACACCGUCACGGUCUAUGGGAUUUCCAGAGGCCAGCGCACAGCACUGUCAACAUCUGUCAUAACCACAAGAGCCUCCACAGACAAAGAGGGUCAGAGAGCGGUCACGGACCUGAGCAAUGUCUCAGUGUCUAAGGUCUCAGCCGACUCCCUCAAACUCUCCUGGGAAAUGGAGAAAUCCUACGAUUCCUUCCUCAUCCAGUACCGCCCGGAGGGUUCGGAGGAUGUGAGCGAGCUCCCGGUGACCGGAGACCAUCGAUCAGCUGUCAUCACAGGCCUGACGCCUAGUACCACCUACAGGCUGUAUGUGUACGGUCUGUCUGGUGACCAACGCAGCAGACCACUGACCACCUGGGCCAAGACUGCAGCUCUGACAGACAAGGCCCUGGUCAAACCUGUUAAACUGGGCCCUCUUUCCGUUUCCGCGGUGACAGCUGACUCGGCGCGCAUCUCCUGGACGACAGAGUUGGCCUUUGGUUCCUUCCUGAUUGAGUACAGAGUCGUGGGAUCCCAGAGCGUGCAGAAUGUGACGGUGAUGGCCCAUCGCCGCUCCUACCUCCUCACAGGCCUGAGGCCUAGCACCAAAUACACCGUCACGGUCUAUGGGAUUUCCAGAGGCCAGCACACAGCACUGUCAACAUCUGUCAUAACCACAAGAGCCUCCACAGACAAAGAGGGUCAGAGAGCGGUCACGGACCUGAGCAAUGUCUCAGUGUCUAAGGUCACAGCCGACUCCCUCAAGCUCUCCUGGGAAAUGGAGAAAUCCUACGAUUCGUUCCUCAUCGAGUACCGCCCGGAGGGUUCGGAGGAUGUGAGCGAGCUCCCGGUGACCGGAGACCAUCGAUCAGCUGUCAUCACAGGCCUGACGCCUAGUACCACCUACAGGCUGUAUGUGUACGGUCUGUCUGGUGACCAACGCAGCAGACCACUGACCACCUGGGCCAAGACUGCAGCUCUGACAGACAAGGCCCUGGUCAAACCUGUUAAACUGGGCCCUCUUUCCGUUUCCACCGUGACAGCUGACUCGGUGCGGGUCUCCUGGACGACAGAGUUGGCCUUUGGUUCCUUCCUGAUUGAGUACAGAGUCGUGGGAUCCCAGAGCGUGCAGAAUGUGACGGUGAUGACCCAUCGCCGCUCCUACCUCCUCACAGGCCUGAGGCCUAGCACCAAAUACACCGUCACGGUCUAUGGGAUUUCCAGAGGCCAGCACACAGCACUGUCAACAUCUGUCAUAACCACAAGAGCCUCCACAGAUAAAGAGGGUCAGAGAGCGGUCACGGACCUGAGCAAUGUCUCAGUGUCUAAGGUCUCAGCGGACUCCCUCAAACUCUCCUGGGAAAUGGAGAAAUCCUACGAUUCCUUCCUCAUCGAGUACCGCCCGGAGGGGUCGGAAGAUGUGAGCGAGCUCCCGGUGACCGGAGACCAUCGAUCAGCUGUCAUCACAGGCCUGAGGCCUAGUACCACCUACAGGCUGUAUGUCUCCGGUCUGUCUGGUGACCAACGCAGCAGACCACUGACCACCUGGGCCAAGACUGCAGCUCUGACAGACAAGGCCCUGGUCAAACCUGUUAAACUGGGCACUCUUUCCAUAUCCGCGGUGACAGCUGACUCGGCGCGCAUCUCCUGGACGACAGAGUUGGCCUUUGGUUCCUUCCUGAUUGAGUACAGAGUCGUGGGAUCCCAGAGCGUGCAGAAUGUGACGGUGAUGGCCCAUCGCCGCUCCUACCUCCUCACAGGCCUGAGGCCUAGCACCAAAUACACCAUCACCGUCUAUGGGAUUUCCAGAGGCCAGCGCACAGCACUGUCAACAUCUGUCAUAACCACAAGAGCCUCCACAGACAAAGAGGGUCAGAGAGCGGUCACGGACCUGAGCAAUGUCUCAGUGUCUAAGGUCACAGCGGACUCCCUCAAACUCUCCUGGGAAACGGAGAAAUCCUACGAUUCCUUCCUCAUCGAGUACCGUCCGGAGGGGUCGGAAGAUGUGAGCGAGCUCCCGGUGACCGGAGACCAUCGAUCAGCUGUCAUCACAGGCCUGACGCCUAGUACCACCUACAGGCUGCAUGUCUACGGUCUGUCUGGUGACCAACGCAGCAGACCACUGACCACCUGGGCCAAGACUGCAGACAAGGCCCUGGUCAAACCUGUUAAACUGGGCACUCUUUCCGUUUCCACGGUGACAGCUGACUCGGUGCGGGUCUCCUGGACGACAGAGUUGGCCUUUGGUUCCUUCCUGAUUGAGUACAGAGUCGUGGGAUCCCAGAGCGUGCAGAAUGUGACGGUGAUGGCCCAUCGCCGCUCCUACCUCCUCACAGGCCUGAGGCCUAGCACCAAAUACACCGUCACGGUCUAUGGGAUUUCCAGAGGCCAGCGCACAGCACUGUCAACAUCUGUCAUAACCACAAGAGCCUCCACAGAUAAAGAGGGUCAGAGAGCGGUCACGGACCUGAGCAAUGUCUCAGUGUCUAAGGUCACAGCGGACUCCCUCAAACUCUCCUGGGAAACGGAGAAAUCCUACGAUUCCUUCCUCAUCGAGUACCGCCCGGAGGGGUCGGAAGAUGUGAGCGAGCUCCCGGUGACCGGAGACCAUCGAUCAGCUGUCAUCACAGGCCUGAGGCCUAGUACCACCUACAGGCUGUAUGUCUCCGGUCUGUCUGGUGACCAACGCAGCAGACCACUGACCACCUGGGCCAAGACUGCAGCUCUGACAGACAAGGCCCUGGUCAAACCUGUUAAACUGGGCCCUCUUUCCAUAUCCGCGGUGACAGCUGACUCAGCGCGGGUCUCCUGGACGACAGAGUUGGCCUUUGGUUCCUUCCUGAUUGAGUACAGAGUCGUGGGAUCCCAGAGUGUGCAGAAUGUGACGGUGAUGGCCCAUCGCCGCUCCUACCUCCUCACAGGCCUGAGGCCUAGCACCAAAUACACCGUCACGGUCUAUGGGAUUUCCAGAGUCCAGCGCACAGCACUGUCAACAUCUGUCGUAACCACAAGAGCCUCUGCAGUUAAGGACACAGUGAAGCCACAUAAACUUGGCGAACUUUCUGUCUCUCACAUCACGAAUCAGUCCUUCAGACUCUCCUGGACGGCGAGCAAAGGCUUUGAUUCCUUUCUGAUCCAGUACAGCACUGCAGAGCCCCAGGGAGUGUACAACCUAACCGUGACUGGGGACCAAAGGUCAGCCUUCAUCAAAGGCCUGAGGCCUACCACCAUCUACACUGUCCGACUGUAUGGGGUCGCUAAGGGCCAGCGCACAAAGCCACUGACCAGUCAAGCGACCACCGCAGCUUCCACAGGAUCGGUUGUCAUGGAGCCCAGCGAGAGGAAGGAGCUGGGCAGCCUUUCUGCUUUGGCACUGACACCUCACUCGGUCAGACUGUCCUGGACGACCCACAGAGACUAUGACUCCUACGUCGUGCAGUACAGAGCCCAGGGGUCAGAGCUGGUGCAGAAACAGUCUCUGAGAGGCCACAGUCAAUCACACGUCAUCACAGGCCUCAGGCCUACCACCAAGUACACCUUCUACCUCUACGGAGUUUUGAGUGGCCGUCACACAACGCCCCUGUCCACUACCAUCACCACUGCAGGCUCCACGGACGAAGUUAGUCCAACAGCGAGGGCCCCGGUCCCACCCGGUGUAUCUCACAUCACAGCACACUCUCUGCAACUCGCCUGGACCGUGGGCCGAGUGUAUGAAUACUUUCUAAUCCAGUACCGAGCCCACGGCUCCCAGAGUUGGAGCAAUCUGACCGUGGCUGGAGAUCAGAGGUCAUUCUUCAUCACAGGCCUCAGGCCGAGCACCAAAUACACCAUCUAUCUCUACGGGGCCUUUCAAAGCCAAGUCACAAAACUGACGGCCUUUGUGGCUUCCACCACAGUGAAGGAAGGUGUAAGGCCCACUCAGGUGAAGGCCCUGGGCAGCCUCUCCGUCUCUAACAUCACAGCUGAUUCUUUGGAGCUCUCCUGGUCGACACCGUGGGCCUUUGACUCCUACGUCAUUCAGUACAGAGCCCAGGGCUCCGAGGACGUGAGGAAGCUCCGGGUGUCUGGUAAACGUCGAUCGUAUGUCCUUGUAGGCCUCAAGCCUACCACCAAGUACACCAUCUACAUCUAUGGAGUGUACAGGGGCCGUCACGCCAGCCCGCUAUCAAUCGUCGUGAUGACUACAGUUUCCAUAGAUACCAAUGGUGUAAAGCCCAGCAGGCUGAGUAAACUGAUCCGCCUUUCAGGGAACAAUGUCACACAGGAUUCCCUCCAAAUCUUUUGGGCUGCCGAAAGUGGCUUUGAUUCCUUUCUGAUCCAGUACAGAGUGGAAGGAUCUGAGGAGGUGCAGAACUUCACAGUGCCUGCUCAUCAACAUUCGUCCUUCAUUGAAGGCCUGAGGCCUGGUACCAAGUACCUGAUCUCUCUCUCUGGGCUCUCUGGCAGCAGACGGACUAGGCCACUAACCACUGUAAUAACCACUGCAGCUUCAGCAGAGAAAGAGUUGGUGAAAUCCGGCACGUUUGGGAGCCUUUCGUUCUCGAAUAUCACAGCUGACUCCUUCCUCCUUUCGUGGUCAGCUGACACUGUCUUUGACUCCUUCCUGAUACAGUAUAAAGCUCAGGAGUCUGAACUUCUGCAGAAUGUCACGGUAACAGGUGAUCGCCGUUCGGCCCUCAUCACAGGCCUAAGGCCUACGACCAACUACACCAUUUACCUCUAUGGGGUGUCCAGUGGCCAACCGUCCAGACCAUUGGUGGCUCUUUUGACCAUCACAGCGGUUCCUGUUCACACUGUCGGUGUCAGUGCCCUGGGAAGGCUGUCAGUCUCUGAUGUCAACACUCGCAGCCUUAAGCUCAGCUGGGCCGUGGAGGAAGGGGGCUUUGACUCUUUCUUGGUCCAAUACAGAGACUCCAACGGGCAGCUGGAGGUCAAGGAGGUCACGGUGCCAGGCAACCUCCGUAGCGUCUCCAUCACCGACCUCACCCCCAACACCGAGUACCUCGUCUCUCUCUAUGGCGUGUUACAGAACCGGCGAACAGAGCCCAUUCCCAUUGUGGCACGAACAGCUCAAGAGAGCCCGAGCAGACUGAGUUUCUCCGACCUCACAGACAGCUCAGUCACUGUCCACUGGGCAGCACUGUCAGCCCCUGUCGACAACUUUAAGAUCUCCUACGUCCCAAGAAAGCGAGGUGAAUUGAGGAGCGUGGUGAUCGAUGGCACAAAGACCAGCAUUACUCUGAGGGACCUGCUCCCAGAUACUCCGUAUGAGGUCACCCUGGUGUUCGUGCGGGGGCCCACUGAGAGUCCUGCCAUCCUGGACCGCUUCACUACCGCCCCAGAUGCUCCAACUGAUCUGAAAGCUGUUAAUGUGACCGAAGUGAUGGCUCUCUUGGUUUGGAGACCCGCGAUUGCUCCCAUCGACCGCUACACCAUCACCUACAGCAGCAAAGCUGGUCCCUCUGUCAGCCAGGAUGUCUCCGGUAACUCAGCUGAACUGCAGCUGACCGAUCUCAGUGUGAACACUGAGUACACAGCAGAUAUCUACAGUGUCAGUGGAAAUAGGAGCAGUUCGAGAAUCUCUACCAGUUUUGUCACUGGUUCCGAUCUGCCGAAGGACCUGACGGUGAGUGACAUCUCAUCGAAUGAAGGCCUGGUCUCCUGGAAGAGCCCAAGAGCCCCGGUGACUGGAUAUCUGCUGCUGUACGGGACUGGAGAGGACCUGACUCAGCAAGUCCGACUGGAUGGCACCGAGGUAAACCACAGAUUGCGCCAGCUGCUGCCCAGCACCGGCUACACCGUCAAGCUGCACGCCUUGCGGGACAGUGAGAGGGCGACCGCCGUGACCACACACUUCAACACAGCUGGUGCACACAUCCCAUUCCCAAAGGAUUGCGGAGAGGAGCUCAGUAAUGGAAGGACAGAAUCCAGCAUCGUCACACUGUAUCUGAACAGAGACAAAGACAAGCCAAUCAAAGCUUACUGUGACAUGGAGACCGAUGGCGGGGGCUGGCUAGUUUUCCAGAGGAGAAUGAACGGCAAGACCAAAUUCAUCAAGAACUGGAAGGCCUAUGAGACAGGUUUUGGAGACUUGGCUGGGGAACACUGGCUGGGGCUGAAAAAACUUCACCAGCUCACAGCACAGCAACAUUACGAACUCCGUGUGGAUCUGAGGAGCGGCCAGGAAUCGGCCUACGCUACCUACGAUAACUUUGUGGUGGAGGGCCCAGCCCAGAGAUACAAACUGAGAUUGGGGAAAUAUUCUGGGAAUGCCGGGAACUCACUCUCCUACCAUCACGGCAGUAACUUCACCACUGUGGACGCAGACAAUGAUGAGGCCCUCACUAACUGUGCUGUAUCUUAUCGGGGAGGCUGGUGGUAUAAAAACUGUCAUCGUGUUAAUCUCAACGGAGAGUAUGGAAACAACAGAGACCAUCAGGGUGUGAACUGGUUCAGCUGGAAAGGCUUCGAGUUCUCCAUACCCUUCACUGAGAUGAAGAUCAGGCCUCAUAAGGUUGUCAGGACCAUCAGGAAAGAGUGAGGAUGUGGGGAAGGCACCUCCAAUGGACAAUUCUAAAGCUCGCAGCUAAUUCUUCUGCCCGGACUUUCCGACGUUACUGCGGUCGGCAUGAAGCCUACGAUUUUUUUUAAGCCUCCGUUCCUGUUCUGCUGGGAUCUGGGCCGUACGACCUUUGACCCCAUCAACAACAAGAUCAAUACCACCGUAUGGCCUCUCACUCGCUGGCUUGGGAUUGUGCAGUUCCAAAAUUAUUCACCCAAAUUAAAAAUAGAGUUAAGCAAAAGAAAGAAUGGGGUGUGGGGACGUUGGGGUGGGGAGCCUCCAAAAAAGUCUCAAGACUAUAGGUGGCGCUGUUUUCUGAUCACCAGCCUCUUGUAUCUCUGCUGCUUUAUAGUAUAUGAGUGCUCGGGUCAAUCUAUUAAUACCAAAAACUGCCCCCAUUGCAUUUUAAAGAGAUUUAACUUGAUGAAUUUUGUUUGAAGUUAUUUUGUAUGUUUUUUUCUCCUGUUAUUUUGAAAUACAUUUGU